UAGAAGCCAGCGUGUCGCCCGGUAUGGACUAUAUUAUAUAGAAUAUUGCGGGAUAUUAGCUAAUAGACUCUAGGUGGUGGUGCCUGGCUCGGAGGCCAACUGUUCAGCGCCAUGGUGAUGCGCAAGCCAGCAGACAAGUUCCUGACGGAGCUAGGCAUUCCCUUCGAAGACGAAGGGUCCUACGUCGUCGUUAAGCAUGCUGCGCUGUUCACUUCGACCCUGCUUUCCAAGGUCCUUUCCUUUCCUAACGUGAAGCUCUUCAACGCCACGACUGUCGAGGACCUCAUCACCCGGCGCGAUGAGUCCGGCGGGAUCCGCAUCGCGGGUGUUGUGACCAACUGGACGCUCGUCGCGAUGCAUCAUGACGACCAGUCCUGCAUGGAUCCCAGCACUAUCAACGCGCCCGUCAUCAUCAGCACGACAGGCCACGAUGGCCCGUUCGGCGCGUUCAGUGCCAAGCGCCUGGUUAGCAUGCAGGCGCUCGAUAAGCUCGGCGGCAUGCGCGGGCUCGACAUGAACUCAGCCGAGGACGCCAUUGUUAAGGGCACGCGCGAGGUCGUCCCUGGUCUCAUCUGUGGCGGAAUGGAGCUGUCUGAGGUUGACGGAGCAAACCGUAUGGGGCCGACCUUUGGCGCUAUGGCGCUAUCAGGUGUCAAGGCUGCCGAGGAGGUCAUGCGAGUCUUUGAGAUUCGCCAGAAGCAGAAUUCUAUCUAAAGCGGCGGGACUCUGAGGGUAAUGAACACACAAUGUAUAAGAAACGAAACACACUGCAAGUACUUCUUGGAUAGGCGAGUCAUUCUUUAGGCAAUUAUUUGAAUACGCUCGUUUCAAUACAUGUCUUCUAGCCAAAAGCACCCUGGUAAUUCUUGCGAUUAA